AUGUUUACAGAAAGGAUGCUUAUGCAAGUACAUCUAAGGAAUUCAAAAAGGUGAGUUUGGCACAUUAUGUUAUGUAGACUGGGAAAAUUGACUUGAAAAAUGUCUACUUCGACUAUUUUUGGACACUUUUUGUCAACAGGUUUGACAGAGAUGGUAGAUUAGAAAAUGUCCCAAUAAGUAUGGGAAAUCGGACUAAUAGGGUGAAUUUUAAGAGAUGUUCUGUUGUAUUCUUCCCACAUACACUGUACGUUGUUUGAUCAGACGGCAAGAAAGGAUAUGAUAGCUGUUUAUCAUUUACAAAAAGUUUGCGGAAAGUCUGGUUGGAAAGUAACUGGAACACUACUUUUCGGGUCGUUUCGGUGGAUAAUUUCCGGGAGACGGGGGGUCUGAAAAGGUGGUCCUGUUAUACCGGUGGGAAUGUUCCAAACGGAAAUUCGUGUUCCAUUUUCUUCCAAGCCAUCUUUGAUACCAGUUUCAGACUUUCGCGGCCGUUUUUUCGGGAAAUGCAACUGAUUAGUGAAAAUGGCAAACUCAAUUCCGGAUUGAAAUUUACUAGUCUUCAAUUUUGCUUACCAUUUGCCCAAACCAAGAGCCGACCGGUUUGCCCAUGUAAAUGGUAAACAACUUUUUUUUUUAAUUUAUUCUUCCCUAGAAUGGAAACUCAGCGCAAAACGUAGCAUUUCAGCCGGACACUCAAAAUGAUUACCUACCAGACAGGAUGAAAGAGCCACGUACGUAACAAAAGCUUAAAAAAAUGUACUAGAAAAACAAACAUUAGUUAUUAGCAUUUGUUAGGGAGUAAAAGGUCCAGGUUGAUAAAACAGAUGUAUGGAACAGGCGUAACCUCUUGCGCGUUUUUGAUACAAAGUUGCGGCGGAUUUUAAGUAAUGGUCCAGCUAAGAAGUAGGCAGAAAAACAAUAGCCCGCGGCAAUAGCGUCAGUUAUUUUUCAGGCGCUAAUUUCUCUAAUCAAAUUAAAUCUGAAUGCUCUGAUUGGUCAAUACAGCUAAAAGCGCGAAAUUUGAAUUUUAAAGUUGAAUUAAGAUAGCUUAAGACUCAUUCGAACAACUUUUUAUUUCGUCUAUUGCUUUGUUAUGUUGAAAAAUAUAACAUAUCUAAAAUUUAAAAGAUUUCUAUGCGCCAAACCCGAGGAAGUUAAACUGAUAUGAAAUUACACGAAUAUGAGCACAGUGUUACAUCAAUCAGCGACGUUGGGAACAACAUUUACGUCGGCUCUCACAAAAGAAAUGUCAAAACCAUGAUCGUAAACAGCAGCAAUUCACUCUCACGUGGCGAAUCUGGCGAACGCGCCAAUGUCGCGCGUUCAUAUUCGGCCACCAUACAGAACAACAACAAGUACACAAAAUCAAAUCCAAAUGUUAUCUAAAUGUUCUGCUUUUGGAAAAAAAGAGGAUGUUGCCCAGAUAGAAAAAAUUCCUGCAUGUUCGGAUAAUCGGGUUUCAGAAAAAGCUCUGCUACAGUUUAUCUGUUUUCAAGGUUUUGAUAUUACUCUAUAAAAAUCCUUCUUACAAUCUCUCUCGUCCUUGGAAAAAAUAAAGGCAAGCUACAGUCAUGCUCGCUAGAUCUUCCGUACCAAGAGAAACUCAAACACCAGUGACAGCUAUUUAUAAUACCUAAGCGGCUUCCGUCUCGGUAUUCUCCGUCUCAGAACUCAAAGGUACAAAAUGCAAACGUGUCACAAAUUUCAUUUCGCUCAUUUUAACUUAAGGUCCACGGCGAACUUCCAUUUCGCUUGAUGAAGCAGUCUAGAGAGAAAAAAAAUCGAAUGAAAGAUGGGUAAAGAUACACGGAAUAUGGAAGUUUCGAAAGGGGCAAACACAUGAAUAACACAUAAUGCGCGCGGAGGUGCGAAAAUCUAUUGAAUUCAGCUUACCUCAAGCUCAAGUGUUCUACAUCUCUUCGAGAAAUAAAUUCAUCCUUGUAAAAACAACAAAUCUUUCGCUUUCUUCUUUUAUGCCCAGCUGUACUCCAAUUUCUAGUGCCACAAUUAUUCUGAUCUCCUCCUGAUCCGGCCUGACAACGAAAACAACUACGCCGGGCCCAAAUUCCCACAUGGCGACUCGGCAUGUCGAGGACGGCAGCAAACCAUGUUUAAGAGCAUUUUGACGAUCACUCCGAUGAUAAAAUACAGUAAAUUUGAGAUAAAUAUUCAAUAAAGAAAAAAUGCAGAUUUUUCACGAAGAAAUUGACGAGAUUUCUUCGGGUAAAAGACAAAUUUCCUAACAUCUCAAGUGUCACACUAAGAUGGGGUCACAACAAGGUCGCGCGUGUGUUGCACGUUUUCCGCUCUAACUUUUGAUUGGCGCAUAGAACAAUGCUGAAACUUGGCCGUGAGGUAUAAGACAGGGGAAUGGGGAAAAUAAAGCUAAAAAAAGGUGUUUUUGUCACGUUUCUGACUGUUUUUUUGGCGAUUUUUGGAUUUCGGCCAAUCAGAACGCUUGAUUUAAUUGAAAUUAAUGAUUAAAAGUUAGCACCUUUUAAUCACUUUUGCCGUUCGCCUGCCUACCUUUUACACGGACCAUUACUUAAAAGACAAAGGGUAGGGUAACAAUAGUCCUUUGUACUGCCAACUCAAAUUGCGGAAAACUGUGUGAAGUUAAUAUCGCAAUUGGUAUUCCAUGCCAUGGUAUUCGAAUUCCAGUAUUUUAAAAUUUAUCGUCAACCAAGCACAGGCCAAAAGCCAUUCGGCUGACAAAACACGCCAAUUCCACGUCUAAAAUGACAUCUGCCAUGGUUGGAGAAAGAUCUGACUGUCUUGUAAUGCGAGGAAAGAAGCCUUGUGCCUCGCUUCUGUGACUUACAUGAACCGUGACAUAAAUGACACUUUCGUGACAAAUCACCCGGAUGACAGGAAACCCUCCUUUGCUGGUAGCUGGAGAAAUACAAUAAUGAUCAGUCUCAUUCAGCAUAAAACCAUUUAUUUCUUUCAGAUAAAUGGUUUCUUUCAGAAAUAAAUCUCAUAUUCCCUUUCAUCAUCGGCACAUCCCAUGGUUUACCCAGAAAGUUGUACUCAAGUUACAUGUACUAUGACUUCUGGGCUAAACCAAUCUGUUUUUGAUUGUUGCCAUUAUUUCACAAUAAAUUUAAAUUUACAGGCAAUUCUCAAAUCGGGGAAGUCUAUGCUGCUCUUGAUGUCCCUGAGGGACACAAUAUUUACGGUGCUGGAAAUGUUGAUGAGCCAUUCUACAACUUUCUGCGAGAUCCUGCCCAGGACAAGGAAGAAGGACAACGUUACAGCUGCCUUUCGUUAGACCCAGCAAUGUACCAGUCCUUAGAAAAACUACAGGUCGAGGACCAAAGAAAUGCUGAGUAUAGCUGCCCUACAGAACCACUGUACAACGUCUUGGAAGGGCCAACCGCUGGAGUAAGAAAUGAAACUGGGAGUUGUGGAGCCAUUUCUGUGAAUGAACCAUUCUACAACAUUGUGGAGAAACCCGUCUCCAACGAGGGUCUCUCAAGCGGUAACAAUGACCCUGUCUACAACACUUUGGAGGAUCCUCUUUAUCUUGGUUUUGGCUGUGGUAAAGAAAAUGGUCCCACUGGCUUGCAAGACCCUGUGUAUAACGUUCAGGAGGGUCCUGGCGCCGACGUCGUGGAGUGUUAA